AUGGCGGGUAUAAUUCGAAAUGUUUUGAAGAAUGGUCAUUUUUCGAACAUUUGUUGUAGAGGUAUAUUAACAAGAUCAACGCUACAGCUGUUUAGUUCUCAAAGGAUUUUAACAAGACCUCUUGCAACAAAAUAUGGCCAGGACAUAAUCCUAUACCAUUAUGAGCGUUAUGGGUUCUAUAAAAUACUUGCUGUGGCCUCACUGAGUCAGCUGGUUUUCUGGAGUUAUAUGUCAUAUGUCAUGUAUGUGUACAUACGACCAGCGUCACAGAUACUUCAAGAACAUAAACGGAAGAAUAAAACUGCAGAAAGUCAUGAUGAAUUUGAUGGGUUUAAAUAUUUCCCAAAAUUUUUACUGGAUUCAAAGACCCAAACUGUAGUCUCCAUAGCUUCCCUUGGAAUGGGAAUAUUGUUCUUUUUUACUGGAUGUUUGUACGCCUUACGGUCAGUAAAUCAACUAGUUCUCCUCAGAGACGGAGCACGUAUCAUUGUGAAAACGUAUACACCUGUUGGUAGCACGAAACAGUUUAGCGUUCCGCUCACUGAUGUAUCUUGUUUGGGAUCACGAUUGGACGAAAAAGCGUUUGUCGUUUUCAAAAUAAGAGAUCGUCGUUUCUACUACAUGUUGGAUAAACGUGGAGAAUUUAUGCAACCCACCAUUUUUGACACAACUGUUGGAGUAAAACGCUGGAACUUAUAACACUGAAGCUUCUAUGUAUAGUUCAUUUUAAUGGGAUUGUAUUCUCCAUAGAAAUUUUAUAUAGACAAACUACUACGACAGAAGCCAAACCAGAGUGGUUUGUCGACCCAUUUGUUUGGCUUUCUAUGCUAUUACGUUCUGAAAGAGCAGCCUCUGAUUUAAAUCUGCAGUUUUAAAUGUGAUAAGAUUCUCGAAAAUUGAUAUUAUCUAUUAAGAACGAAUUUUGCAAUAAAAAAAUAGAUUUAUUUCUGUUACUGUUUACGAGAAAUUUAGUAACUAUGUCAUUGAAAAUAAGCUAUCUAUCACU